CUGGGUCCCCCUCCUCUGCUGUCAGAUAACAACACUGUCUUAUUCGCUCUAUUCAAGGUAAAAGGGCUGAUUUUCGUUCGUCGAAAUGGCGUCUAACGAAUAUUCCCAAUCAUCUGGCCAGGGCUAUGGGUCCUAUGGAGGUGGUGGUGGAGGCGGAGGAGGUGGUGGUGCUAUGGGCCAGGGCUAUGGUCAGUCUUCUGGGCAGGGCUACAGCCAGCAGGGCUAUGGAGGCUACAAACAGGGCUCUGACAGCAGCCCCGGCUCCUACAGCCAGGGCGGAUACGGCAGCUACGGUCAAUCCCAGUCAGGAUAUGGUUCUCCCCCCUCUAACCAGGGAGGUGGAGGUGGAGGUGAAGGUGAAGGUGAAGGUGAAGGUGAAGGCGGUGGCUAUAAUCAAUCCUAUAGCCCUGGAGGCUACAACAAUAACAACAACAACCAGCCGUCCAACAUGAGCUACAACCAGCAGUCAUCCUUCUCUGGGUACAGCCAGCAGCAGCCUCCUCCUUCAUCCUCUGCAGGCUAUGAAGGUAACUCGCAGUCCUCUGGAUACAACCAGCCCCCGAGCGGUGGACAGGGUGGAGGUGGUUACGGCAGCAGUGGAGGUCAGUCUGGGGGCUAUGGGGGCAGCGGGAGCCACCAGCAGCCAUCCCAACACGGAGGAGGUCACUUCAACCAGCCUCCAGGCUACAACUCGCCCCCUCCACAGAGCUACAGCCAGCAAAGCCAGUAUGGGCAAGGAUAUGGAGAUGAAAGCCCACCGUUGAGUGGAGGAGGAGGAGGAGGA